ACGGGGCACUGGCGGUAGAUAAACGGUCGUCGGUGGAAACCGGGUACAGCGGUGGCGUCAUCAAUCGUGUUGGUCAGUCCCGGUUACAUUGGUCGGUUGAGUACGUCGUACAGUGGAGGGUUCGUCGAGCGGCUCAGUCAUGUCGAGUGAUUGGUUGUUGAACGGUAACAGUGGAGAAGAUUAUUCGAACGAUGAAACAGCGAACUACGAGGAACAGGACUCAUCCGGACAGACAAUCGACUCGAUCAGUCGAUCGUUGCAACGGUUUGAUUGGCCCGACUAUGUAGUGUUUGUGCUGAUGUUGCUGAUCUGCGUCGUGAUUGGGAUAUUCUUCGGUUACCAAGAUCACAAGAAGCAUAAGCAACGCCGAAAGGAGGCGCGCAGAGAGUCGGAAGCGCUGGAUUAUUUGGUCGGUGGGAGAAAGAUGCAGAUAUUCCCCGUAUCGGUAUCGUUGGUUGCGAGCUGGAUCUCGGGCAUCUCGCUACUGGGGACAUCUACCGAGAUUUAUGUGUAUGGCACGCAGUACUGUUACAUCGUGUUUGCGGUCAUUAUAAUGGGGUUUGUGAUGCAUCACGUUUUUCUGCCAGUAUUCCACGAGCUCCAAAUUACAUCGGCCUAUGAGUACCUGCAGCGAAGAUUCGAUCAUCGAAUGCGACUUUUUGGAUCAAUACUGUUCACUGUGGCUUGUUUGCUUUGGAUGCCUAUCGUUAUCUACGUCCCAGCAUUAGCGUUCAAUCAAGUAACUGGACUGAGUAUACGCGUCGUUACACCGAUCGUCUGCAUGAUCUGUGUGUUCUACACCAGCAUUGGUGGCCUAAAAGCUGUAGUCUGGACGGAUGUGAUACAGUCCGGUGUGACGUUGCUAGCGCUGCUGGCCGUUCUAAUCAAAGGCACUUACGACGUGGGAGGACCUGCGGAAGUCUUGCAACGAAAUAUUGCCGGCGAUCGGCUGGAAGCUCCAAUCGUCGAUCCCGAUCCUACGCUUCGCCACUCCAUCUGGAUCAUCUUGCUCGGUGCUCCUGUUUGGUUUUGCUACGGUGUAUCCUGCAGUCAGGACAUGAUUCAACGGUUUCUAGCAUUACCUACACUUCAAGAUGCUCGAAAAGCCUUGAAAGGCUUCGUGAUUGGAUGGAUAGUAGUUAAUUUAUUAUUCUUUUUAAUCGGUAUGCUCGUGUACGCUACGUACUAUCGAUGUGAUCCUCUGACGACACAGUUGGCCAGAGCGAAGGAUCAACUGCUGCCCCUGUUUGUGAUGGAGACGUUUGCAGCGUAUCCGGGCAUGACGGGAGUGUUUGUGGCAGGUAUCUUCAGUGCAGCUCUUAGCUCGUUGUCAUCGGCACUGAAUGCUCUAUCGGCUAUCACACUGGAGGACUUUUUCAAGCCAUACAGCAAGAAACCGUUGACAGAAAAACAGAUCAAUUAUAUUAUGCGGGGCUCUGUGUUGGUAUACGGUGCGCUAUCCGUGUUACUAUCGAUGUUGGUGGAGCAUCUAGGUACGGUGAUGCAGUUAACUAUGACCCUUAGUUCAGCCUCUGGAGCGCCCCUUUUUGGGCUGUUUGUUAUGGGUAUAUUGAUGCCCUGGGUAAAUGGGACGGGAGCCUUGUAUGGUGGCGUUACUGGCCUGCUCGUGAUGCUGUACAUGUGUUACAAAGCGCAAUAUUCGAUCGCGACGGGGAGCCGGACGUUCGACAUGAAACCUGUUUCGGUGGAAGACUGUCCCUAUGAGUAUUCAUACAACUCAACUGUUGGGUUUACAGAUGCAGAGUCCGACCUCGACCAGGUAGAAAAGUCAAUCUAUCACAUGUCAUACAUGUACUUUACACUGUUCGGAACGAGCGUCACUUGCCUGUCAGGCACUAUAGUAAGUUUUCUCACGAAACUACGAGGCAAGGAUCGUCAGAAGUCGAUCGAUCCGAAGCUAUUAGCACCGUGUAUAAGAAAGAUGCAAUCGGGUGAAAUACCGCUUACCUUCCAAGCAGUACCAACAGACAGCAAACAGGCUGAGACGAGCGAAACAGCUUCGAAAGAAGCUGAAGAAGGAUGAGUUGUAGUUGCUGGUAGGAUACCUACUUUUUUAGUAGAAGUAUGAAGUACACGAAAUUCAAAUACUU